GCAAUGAAAGAACUACACCUAAAUAAUAGGGUAAGAUGAUCGGCUGACAGUCCCGAACCGUCCGUCGACUUUACUCCUCCUUCGCAACUCCGGACUCCGGAAAUGUAUCUAAUGCCUGCAGACCGUUGUCGAUCCUUGGUUCUUGCUUUUUUUUUUUUCGGUCCCUUCCUUCUCCCCAAUCUUCUUCGGUGUGACAUCCGGGGAGAAGGAGGAGAAGAAGAAGACGCAGAACGAGAACUUGGGUUCCAGACCCCUGCAGAGCGCGGAUCCCGGAUGUUCAUCGCUUUUCGACUUACAUGUACAUGCCGGGCUGUCAUACUUUCAUUUUACCACUAUUCAGAUAUAUGUUAAGUAGCUUGUCAGUAAUUGGUUGCCUAGUUACUUACCAAUCAUGGUGUCGCUCAUAACACCUGUUGACCCUGCGACCCGUGUGUUGUUGUGUAUGUGUGCACGGUCACGGUGAUUGACUAUCUGACGUAUGCUGGCCCCAGUCUUCCCGAGAUGAAGCAUAACGCGUCCCUCCCCCUUGCCCACUGGGUUUAUCGGAAUGGGUGGUGU